AUGACAUUCAGAUCGACAUACUCCGUUUAUAAGUACAAACACAACUAUCAGAAAUACACCGCAAAUUCGCCGAUAUUGAGAAUAGUCAUGGUCAGUGACUUGGAUGGGAAGAAUAAGAAAGGCGAUUUGUGGUACAGUGAUAUUGUGACGGGGCUGUUAUACAAACAAGGUGAAAAGUAUUCAUACAUUCAAGAAGAAACGUUUCAAGUGACUUCCCCAAUCAAUGACGGUAAACGCGGACUUGAAUUAAGCGAAGCCGUUAACUUCAAUGACGAGAUUUUGACGUUCGACGAUAGGACUGGACUUGUCGGGGCAAUUGAUGUCGACGGGAGAAUUUUGGUACCAAAGACUAUCAUUCGAGACGGUGACAUGAAAGAGGAAAAGCCGAUGAAAAUUGAAUGGGCGACUGUGAAAGGCAAGGAAGUGUAUAUCGGCGGAAUUGGGAAGAACUACACAACACCGAGAGGUGAGUUCAGACAUCGCGGGCCACUCUUUGUGAAACGAAUGAAUGAGAACGGUCGAGUGAUUUACGAGGAUUGGGGAAAGCGAUAUCAAGACAUUAACUUAAGACUAGGUAUUAAUACGGAAGACGGAUACUCCAUCUUUGAAGCAGUCACAUAUUCAGAAGACUAUGACAUAUGGACUUUUGCACCACGGAAAUGCAGUAAUGAACGAUAUGAUGAUGAGUUGGAUGAGACAAGAGGGUGUGGGAAAAUAGUGAUGACAUCCGACUUUAAGAAUUACAGAGUUGUUGCAGACAAACAGUUUGUGAAGGAGCGAGGGUUCUCAUCGAUCAAAAACCUUCCCUUCGACGAAAGCAAAUUACUCUAUUUGAAGAGUUAUGAAGUUAAUGGUGUGACUAUGACAUACAUGGGAAUGAUGGACUUCGACGGAAAUGUGUUGAUGAAAGACACGAAGAUCUCUGACUUGAAACUUGAGGGCGUGGAGUUCAUCAAUUUGUAA